AUGGCCUCUUCAGCAGGCCUCGCACCUCUCCCUACCUCGGUGCACCACUCCACCACCCGGCUCACUCACUCCCAAGCGCACACUUUUCUCUCCGCAUUCCUCGACCGUGCAGAAAAUGACGCCGCAUACAGACCGGACAGCACACUCACGGAGCGUGGGCCCCAGGCCCUGUCCAGCGGAUCGACGCCGAACUUGACGCUCAGUCACUUGAAAAGGAUCUUGAGUGGCAUGGAGGGCAAGCGCAUCGGUGGGAGUCUUGAGCUAGAAAAAAGAGCGGAAGCAAAGGGCGAAGAAAAUACUGCGGAUGAGGAGCUUGAAGGGUUGGGAGAGUCAGACGAGACACAGACGCCGCGGGAGAGGGGGAGCCAAAAGCGCGCCCUGGAUGAAGAUGAGGCAGAGAAUGAAGACCAACAAACUCCAGUGCUCAAAAAACAGAAACGUAAAAUCAUCUACUCUGUUAACUCAGAAGGCGUCGAGGACCCGCAAGUGGGCGCUGACAUCGAAGCUGGGACGCCAGGUCAGGAUCGAGUGGACGACGACUGGCAAGACGCUGAGACCUACGCUCUGGCCCAGACUGGGUUACAUUACGACAACGCUGCCGCAGCCGAAGGCCAGCUGGAAUUCGAGGGGGAAGACCAAGACGACAAUGAACGAAAAUUGGAAGAACAAGAAGCCACUACAGAACUUGACAAUUCUAAUGCAGCCGAGAAUCAGAGUCAUACUCCUCUAAAGAAACGGAAGCAACAAGGCGGUGACGACGAUGCAGAUAGAGAGGGCGGAGCACAGAAGGCGAAGAAGAAGAAAGCCACGGACACUGUCAUGGCCAAAGGAAUGACGUCGAACGGCAACAAGGAGAUGAGUAAAGAGGAGAGGAAGAAAAUGAAGAAGAUGCGGCAGAAGGAUGAGAAGAAGGAGAGACAACGAGAGAGGGAAGAGAGGAAUAAGAAUCGAUAG